AUGCCAGAAGGAGGAAGUGCGGUCUUCAUUUUUUGUGGUGUUAUGUGCCACGUGAGGGACUCAGGGCGUGACAGGCGUGCUGCGGGAUGCUGCCACCGCUGUCUCGCCCACCACACUUCCGCCCUGGGCCGUGUGUGUGACCAGCUCCUGUAGGUGCCCCAGGUGUGUGUGCCGCUGACUGAUGCCUCCCUCGUGAGCUCACCUUCAUCUGCUGCAUGCCCUUGUUCACACACUAGUGCACUACUGCCUUGCCUUCACUCAUAACUUUAAGUUCUACCUACACCACCAACACCACCAUCACCAUGGCCAUGCUCAGGGGUUACCUUUAUGUGGAUCUCAUUGAGGCGGAAAACCUGCCUGAUUGUGACACGGCAUUCUUCAACAUCGAUCCUAAGGACACUUCAGAUGCCUUUGCACAGAUAAAGAUUGGAAGCUCAGUCAUCUGCAAGACAGCAGUGGUGAACAACGACCUCUCGCCCAAGUGGCAGGAGUCCCAUAGGAUCCCUGUGUGCCACAAGGCAGAUGAGCUGCAGAUCCAGGUGCUUGACAAGGAUCACUUUAGUUCUGGUGUGCUUGGGGAAGUCAGCAUCCGUCCUGAAGACCUCAUGGACGGGGAGACGCUGGAGGGCUGGUACCCCCUGUCAGGCUGUGACGGACGCAUCAACCUUAGGUUUACCUAUAUACCCAAAGAGGCGAUUGAUGCUACGUUUGAGGUGCCCGAUUGCUACUUUCCUUUGCGUCAAGGGUGUAGUGUGACUCUGUAUCAGGAUGCCCACUGCCCCAUGUUGCCCUUCUACGAGGGUAUUCCAACAGAAAGCGGUGACCCCUAUGAUCCGCCCUGUGCCUGGAAAAACCUCUAUCAGGCACUCAAUAAUGCCCAGAGGUUUAUCUACAUCACUGGAUGGAGUGUAUACACAGACAUCACCCUUGUGCGGGUAGAGGGUGAGGAGGAAGAUGAAGGAGUUGGGGAGACUGUUGGGGAGCUGCUGAAGAAGAAGGCUGAGGAGGGGGUGAAAGUUUUAGUGAUGGUUUGGAAUGAGAAAAUGAGCACUGGUGUCACUGCUGGAUUCAUGGGCACCCACGAUGAGGAAACACGAGCAUAUUUUGAAGACAGUGAUGUUGAGGUGGCAGUCGUACCCCGCAUCAAAAAUCUUGAGGGUGUGGCUGCCUUCUUCCAGAACCAGUUUGCCCAGACCUGCUACACUCACCAUCAGAAGACUGUUAUCCUGGACUGCCCACCUGCUGAGAACGAGGAGCUACCAAGGAUCCAGGCUUUCAUUGGCGGCCUGGACAUCACUGAUGGCCGCUACGAUACACCAGAGCACGAGCUGUUCAGGACCCUGCACACCUUACAUCAAGGGGACUUUUACAAUGGAGUGAUCCCCACCACCAGUGAUGAGGGUCCUCGCCAGCCCUGGCAUGAUAUCCACUGCCAGGUGAGUGGUCCAAUAGCUCGAGAUAUAAUGAACAACUUUACGGAGCGGUGGCGAAUGCAGGUGAAUGAGCGUGAGUCUGCGCUGCUCCCACUCUCAGAAGAAGAGUUCUUAUUAGAAGAGCCAGUGAUUUGUGAUGAAGAAAAGCUUUGGAGUGUCCAACUGUUUAGGUCCAUCACCUCUGAUUCUGCUCUGUUCGACUUUAACAGAAUAAGUAGUAUCCCCAAGAGGAAAGGAAAGUAUGUUGAUGACAGCAUUCAUCGAGCAUAUAUUCACCAUAUCCGGCGAGCAGACAGCUUCAUCUUCAUAGAGAACCAGUACUUUUUGGGGUCUGCUUAUAGUUGGAAUGAGGAACAGGACACCAAGGCCCAUCAUCUCAUCCCACAGGAAAUCGCUCAGCGUAUAGUGGAGAAGAUUAAUGCUGGAGAACACUUUGUUGCCUACAUUGUGGUGCCCAUGUUUCCUGAAGGUGAUCCCACGAGUGGCCCAGUGCAGGAGAUCCUACACUGGCAGCACCGCACCAUGGAAAUGAUGUACCAGAGUAUUGCUGAGGCAAUUGAAGCCAACGAACUUGAUACUCAUCCCAGGGACUACCUUACAUUUUUCUGCCUGGGUAAAGGGGAAUGUGUUGAUGACAUCCCAGAGGACUUAACCCCACCACAACCUGAGACUCCUGCCAGCAUACUACGAGAGAAGGCCCGACUCAUGAUAUACGUUCACUCCAAGAUGAUGAUAGUGGAUGAUGAUUACAUUAUUGUUGGCUCAGCCAAUAUCAACCAGCGCAGCAUGGGAGGCACCCGUGACACGGAGAUUGCGGUGGGGGCCUUCCAGCCUAUGCAAACACGGGAGGUGUGUGGAGAGCCUCGUGGGUCAGUGUUCCAGUUCAGAAUGGCUUUGUGGGGAGAGCACCUGGGGGCUUUAGAUGAGAUAUACCAUAACCCAGGCUCUGUUGAGUGUGUACAUGCUGUCAAUGAGCUUGCAGAUGCCAAUUGGCAGGCUUAUGCAGCUGAUGAGCCAUGCAAGAUUGAAAGUCAUUUAAUGGCCUAUCCAGUUGUUAUUGGACAGGAUGGUUCUGUGACUUCCCUAGAGGGUUCAGAGAACUUCCCUGAUACUGAAGCUCCUGUCUUGGGAGCCCCUAAUUUCUUGCCCAACAAGCUCACCACAUAGGUCUGCUGCUCAAUAUACUUAAUAGUUUUUGCUGCUGAUUUAUCAGUGACUGGUGAUUGUCUACAUGUGCCUGAUUAUUUAAGCCUUAUAUGCUUAAUGUGACUGCAGCACACUCAUAAUUUACCAAGUAAAACUUUGAUUAGGAAUGGCUGCUAUAUCUCAGUUAUCUAUUUUUAGGAAAAUGAGUUGCCUUAUUGUAAUAUAAUCAUAUUUUCAUAUUGCAAAAUACUGGUAAGUGAUAUUAAUGCCACUGAAUGAUUAUAUUUCUUGGAUAGACAUAAUGGUCAAUAUUUUUAACAUGGCUGCAUGACUUAAUAGUAUUAAGUGUUUAAGUAUACUGAUGGACUCUUCCUCAUGAGGAACUCUGUGUAUCCUUGCCAAAGAUAAAUGUAGCUACGCCUUACCAGAUAUUUAGCAGCUAUUAAACAUAAUGUAGGUAAUGAUUGUACUUGCAACUAAAAGGCAUUCUAGUACAGCUUCAAUCAUGCAAGUAUAAUUAUAUUAACUUCAUUAUUUUGUAUUAGUCUUUUCAUAGAGAUGCUUACAAUAACUAAAGUUACAUUUUCUCUCACAUUCAUCUUAAACAUUCUGGGAAAACAUGUACACAGUUCUUUAAGGCAUAUUAUGGAGAAGUACUGCAUUUACUGCUGCACCUAGCAUCUUAGUUUACGGUAACAGCAAAAUGUCAUUCACCAGAAGAUAAAGUGGUAAAGUGUCUUUUUGAUAUUUGAUUGUUAGCAUUACAUGUCAACUUUCCA